AGGAGUGCUGUUGUACACCAUUGUGAUACCUAUAUGGACACCUUUGAUGAAGAAAAUACAACCAUUUCAAAGGUGUCCACAUUGAUGACCACAGUGUGUUGCUGCAUCAGCAUAUCUGCCUUGGUGGUGAAGAUGAGGGACUGUUUUGUUAAGUAAAACAUGAAUUUAAUGAUUUUUGACGGAAAACAAACGUUGACAUUGCAAGCAACCAACACCCUGAUUUGAUCCAUAGACGGCACCAUGAUCAUGCUUUCUCAUGUGUUAAUCAAAAGAUGUUGACACUUGCAAAUGCCUGUGAUUAUGGAGAGAAGUUGAAAAGUGAAAGUCCUUAUGUUGGACAUGAAGUGUUGACAAAUGAAAAUCCCUGUAGCGAUACAGAGAUGUUGACAGCACUUGAGAGCAACUGUGACCAACUAGACAAGUUAACAUCAUAUGACAGUUUUUAUAGCAAAGAUGAGGAGCUGCUCUGGUGCGACACCUGUGGGCAUGGUCUGGCGGACCUGGGUAGCUUGACACAGCAUGUUUUAGAACACAUUGCGGAUUCCAUUGAAAACACAAAAGAUUCCAAUGUCCCACAUACUACUCAUAGAGACCUUAUGAUCCGACAGAAACCUAUAACUGAUGGAGAUGUCGAGAAGUCCAUUGAAAACACAAAAGAUUCCAAUGUCCCACAUACUACUCAGAGAGACCUUAUGAUCCGAAAGAAACCUAUAACUGAUGGAGAUGUCGAGAAAAAAAUGUGGGACACAGAGCAAGGAGCUCCAGACAUCUACCAGACAGCUGAGAGUCAAUACACGUGCUCCGUAUGUGGAAAAGAGUUCUUAGAGUUACAGCAGUUAAAAAGACACCACCAUCUUCACAGUGGAAAAGGCACAAGUUCUCAUAAUAAAAGCUGUCCUCAGAUGAAAUGGGAUAUGAUGAAAUAUGAUUUGCAAAAUAAUACCAGUAAAAUGGGUCAUAUGCCCAGUGUAUGCAAUAAAGAAUUUAUUUUGUCAAGCAACUUGACUAAGCCUAUGAGGAUUCACAAGAAAAGUUACAGGCAUCACUGUAGCGUGUGUGAAAAGGAAUUUGUUACAAGAUCCCAACUCACUCGCCAUAUGAAGAAUCAUAUGGACGAGCAGCCACACAGUUGCAGUGUUUGUGGAAAAGGAUACGUCUGCCGUUCUAACCUCACUCAGCAUAUGAGGAUGCACAUGGGACAGCGGCCUCACAGUUGCAGUGUUUGUGGAAAGGACUUUGGCGUCAGUGGUACCCUCUUUAAGCAUAUGAGGAUUCACACAGGAGAGCGGCCACACAGUUGCAGUGUUUGUGGAAAGGGAUUUGUCUCCAAUUCUAAACUCACAAGGCAUAUAAUGAUUCACACAGGAGAGUGGUCACACAGUUGCAGUGUAUGUGGAAAGGGAUAUGCGGACAGUUCUAAUCUCACAAGGCAUAUGAGGAUUCACACAGGAGAGCAGCCACACAGUUGCAGUGUUUGUGGAAAGGGAUUUGUCUCCAAUUCUAAACUCACAAGGCAUAUAAUGAUUCACACAGGAGAGUGGUCACACAGUUGCAGUGUAUGUGGAAAGGGAUUUGGCUCCAGUUCUAAACUCACAACGCAUAUAAUGAUUCACACAGGAGAGCGGCCACACAGUUGCAAUGUGUGUGGAAAGGGGUUUGGUUCCAGUUCCCACCUCACUGAGCAUAUGAGGAUUCAUACAGGAGAGCGACCGUAUAUUUGCAGUGUGUGUGGAAAGGACUUUGUUAGAGGCUCUGUUCUCAAAAGGCAUAUGCAGAUUCACACGGGAGAGCGGCCACACAGUUGCAGUGUUUGUGGAAAGGGAUUUGUCUCCAGUUCUAAUCUCACAACGCAUAUGAGGAUUCACUCAGGAGAGCGACCACACAGUUGCAGUGUUUGUGGAAAGGGAUUUGUCGACAGUUAUAAACUCACAACGCAUAUGAGGAUUCACUCAGGAGAGCGGCCACACAGUUGCAGUGUAUGUGGAAAGGGAUUUGCCAACAGUUCUAAUCACACAACGCAUAUGAGGAUUCACUCAGGAGAGCGUCCACACAGUUGCAGUGUAUGUGGAAAGGGAUUUGCCGACAGUUCUUCACUCACAAGGCAUAUGAGGAUUCACUCGGGAGAGUGGUUCUUGUAUGAGGGCUCGGCAUUGUCAGGGAAUAUUCGGGCUGCAGAAAGCCAGGCCCAGACGUUUUCAUCAAAUGUCUACCCCUGUGCUGAUCGAGAGCCGUUGGCAUCACAAGCUUACCCCUAUCUGGAUCAAGAAAUGUUGACAAAUGAAAAGUACUGGGUUGAUCGUAAGAUGUUGUCAAAUGCAAAUCCCUGUGUUGAUAAAGAAAUGUUGACACAUACAAAUCCCAAUGUUGAUCGAGAGAUGUUGACAAAUGAAAGCCCUUGUGACGAUCGAGAGAUAUUGGUAUCACUUGGCAGCUACUGUAAAGAUCCAGGCAUGUUAACAUCAUAUGACAGUUGUUAUAGCAAAGAUGAGGGGAAGUUCUGGUGUGACACCUGCGGGCAUGGUCUGGCGGACCUGGGUAGCCUGUCACAGCAUAUUUUGGAGCACAUUGUUGAUUCUAUGGCGAACACAAAUGACUCCCAUGUCAGCCACACUUCUCAUACAGGCCUUUUGAUUGACCAGAAACCUAUAACAGAUGACGAUGUCAAGAAAGAAAUUGGGGACACACGCCUAGGGGCUCCAGACAUCAACCAGCCUGCUGAGAGUCAAUAUACAUGCUCCAUAUGCGGGGAAGUGUUCUUAGAGAUGCAGGAGUUUAAAAGACACCGACAUGUCCACAGUGGAGCCAUCACAAAAUCUCCCAAUGGAAGCUCUCCACAAGUCAAACAGGAAAUGAUGAAAAGUGAACGGGGCCAUAAGUCCAAGGUAUGCUACAGUCGAUUUAUUGUAUCAAGCAAUCUGACUGAGCCUAUACGGAUUCACAACAGAAAUCGACAGCAUCGCUGCACUUUUUGUGCAAAGGGAUUUGUCUCCAGUUCUAAACUCACUGAGCACAUCAGGAUUCAUACGGGAGAGCGGCCACACAGUUGCAGUGUUUGUGGAAAGGGAUUUGUCUCCAGUUCUAACCUCAUUAAGCAUAUGAGGAUUCACACGGGAGAGCUGCCACACAGUUGCAGUGUUUGUUGGAAGGGAUUUGUCACCAGUUCAAACCUCACUCAGCAUAUGAGGAUUCACACGGGAGAGCGGCCACACAGUUGCGGUGUUUGUGGAAAGGGAUUUGUCUCCAGUUCUAAACUCACAAGGCAUAUGAUGAUACACUCGGGAGAGCGGCCAUACAGUUGCGGUGUAUGUGGUAAGAAAUUUGUCGAUAGUUCCUACCUCACUGAUCAUAUGCGGAUUCAUACGGGGGAGCGGUCACAUAGUUGCAGUGUUUGUGGAAAGGGUUUUGUCUCCAGUUUUAAACUCACAAGGCAUAUGAGGAUUCACACAGGUGAGUUGCCACACAUUUGCGAUGUUUGUGGAAAGGGAUUUGUUUCCAGAACUCAACUCACUGAACAUAUGAGAAUUCACACAGGAGAGCGGCCACACAUUUGCAGUGUUUGUGGCAAAGGAUUUGUCGCCAGGUCUAACCUCACUGAGCAUAUGAGGAUUCACACGGGAGAGCGGCCACACAAUUGCAGUGUUUGUGGGAAGGGAUUUGUCUCCAGUUCUAAACUCACAAGGCAUAUGCAGAUUCACACAGGAGAGCGGUCACACAGUUGCAGUGUUUGUGAAAAGGGGUUUGGCUCGAGUUCUAAACUCACUGAGCAUAUGAGGAUUCAUACGGGAGAGCGGCCACUCAGUUGUAGCGUUUGUGGAAAGGGAUUUGCCUCCAGUUCUCAUCUCACUUACCACAUCAGGAUUCACACGGGAGAGCGGCCACACAAUUGCAGUGUUUGUGGGAAGGGAUUUGUCAUCAGGUCGAAUCUCACAAAGCAUAUGAGGAUUCACUCGAGGUAAUGGCUACACAUUUGCAGCAUGUGUGGAAAUGACCUUGCUUCUGCCAAUGUUUCAAUAGGCAUAUAAGGAUUCACUCGGGAGAGAAGCCACACAGUUGCAGCGUACGUGAUAACGGAUUUGUUUCCAGAUCUCAACUUAUUGAGCAUAAUUAUGAGGAUUCACACAGGAGAGGAUCCACACAUGUGCAACUUGUGUUGAAAGGACAUAGUUACACUAAUGUUAAUUAUUACCUAUUGAUUAGAACCAUACAUUUAAUGAUUGUAAUGUAUAUCAAAGGAUUUGCACCGAUCCAUACACACAGUUGAUUUGGUGGAGAAUAUCAAUUCAACAAAUGUGAAUUUGCUUGUUUGAAAAGGAUUCGACUCCAGCUCUCACCUCAGUAUUCAUAUGGCGAUUUACAGUAGAGAGCGGAUUCACUUUUGCGGUGUUUGCGGAAAGGGAUUCGUCUCCAGCUCCCACCUUAGUCUUCAUUUAAGGAUUUACACGACAUGCUUACUUCACUGGGUGCCAUGAGUAAUGCUUGUCAUGUUUAUGUCAUUCAUACUGACACGAUUGAAAGUGCAAAAAAGUACCCUUAGUCUGCAUCAUGUUAUCGCAUGAACUACAUAAAUUGUGUGUCCUCUAACUUAACAUUUUAAUUGUUACGUAAAGCAUGUCUCAUGACACUUUAUGAUGCAGAACUUGCAGUGCUUUCCACAGGAUUUUUGUCAGGCGCCCCGGGGCUGAAAGGAGUGGUUCGGGAGGGGUGUGCCCUCCCGACGUAGAUUUUUAACUUUUCAAUUCACGUUCUGUGGUGCGUUAUACCUCAAAGAAAAAAAGCGUCAAUAGACGUCAUUUGA